GAAUGCCAUGGCAAUCUGUACCUUCAUUACGGGAGUUAUGCUAUAUGAAGUUUAUUGAGCAGGAUAUCAAGCAUAGUGAAUUCAAUGACUUUGGUUUAUCAAAUGCAUUGAAAGAUCCAAUGUUUAAUUAUGAAUUUUAUGAAUUUAUUCAAGAAAAGAA